UGUUAAAAGAAAAUUCACAUCAUACGCUGCCGUCACCAUUCAGACGUAAGUGAGCUGUUUCAACGCUUAAACGUUCUGUUUUAGAAAACGGUUAAAUUCAUAAACAAGAAAAAAACUAAUUAAAAAAGUGGAGUAAAAAGAAAAAAAAAGUUGAAGAAAAAACAAGGAGCCUAGAAACUUUUUUAUGAUAGUGGCCUAAAUUUAAGCAAAGUUAUAAAAAAAAACAAAUUUUUAAAAUAUUUCCAUUGGAAACAAGGAUUAAUUUUAAACAACGGAAAACGUACUGUUCGUUGACAAAGAAACAAAAAAACAAGCAGAGAAAAUUAUAAGGAUUCAAAACACGCACAUUAAAUAAACCACUGCCGCCUGCCUAAAAAAGGGGAAACAAUCAAAUAAAACACUUAAUAAGAAGGCAAAGAAAACGUAUAACAAAUUGCAAAUUAACAACUUACAAAUAACGUACGGGACCCCCAUUCACUUCUUUCAAACUGAGGUGGCAUUAUUUUACAGUGUGUAAAUUAAAAAGUAUUAAUAUAAUACGGGUUAAAAAGCAACAGAAUGGAUGAGGAACACGACGACGAAAGAAUAUGAAAUUAAAUGGGGCUUUAAAGCCCCGCCAAGGAGCCUCCAAACAAGGAAGCUCCCCUGGUGUUGUCCAAAGAAAGUAUCGCGUCAAGCGAUAUUAUAAGGUGAAUGAAAAUGUAGGUCUGCCACUUAGUGAAUGUGGUGUGAAUAAUAAACAUUUAACUGAAAUCAUAAAUAAUAGUAAUAAUAAUAAUAAUAUUUAUAAAAAUAAUAAUCAGCAGCAGCAUACAACACCACUAGCACAACAAGAACAACAGCAGCAGCCGCAAAAAAGGAAAUGUGGUGAACAUUUUAGUAGCAGCAACAACAGCAGCUUAAGUAGUUGUAAUUUUUCUACUUCUACAGCAAAUACUACACAAUAUAGUAAUUCUUCAGUUACAACCACUAGGUCCAGUUGUAUUGAUUCGAAUAGUUGUGGGAACAAAGACAAAAUUCAGCAAACAACAAGAACAAGAGUAGCAGCGAAGACUGCAGCUGCGGCAGAGACUGUAGCAAUAGAAAAAUAUAACAAAAAGAAAACAAAUAUUGAAAGUGAUUUGAAGCAAAGAGCAAUAAACAACAUCACAACACGUCAAUUUAAGAAUACGAAUAUAAACAAAGAGAAGAAUAAUAGCACAAAUAACAAGAGCAGCAGCAGCAGCAAGAAAACAAAAGAAGUAAAAGUCGUUAAAACGACAUUAAAUACUUCAAAGUAUCACGUAAUUGUUAAUAAAAACAACAACAGCAGCAGCAGCAACACCAGCAGUGAGAACAAUAUUCAUUAUAAGGAGGUCAACAAGUCCUUAUUAUUAAUUCCGAAAUUUUAUGAAAAUCUCAAUUUGACAGACUUAAUUUCGCGGUUAUUUAUCCAUUUGAAAUUGUUGCUUUUCUUUGUGUUCUCGCACGCUAUUAAACAUUUGACCGGAAAUCCAUUCGUUUGUAUAGUAGGUUGUCGUAGCUUCGGUUUGAUUGGUUAUAAUUUAGCGAAAAUCAUGCGUGCCUCACAAUCGUUAGAGAGUUCAUUUGAACGCAUUUGUUUUAAAAAUGUGAACAAAACACGUUUACCCCCCUCAAUUGCCUUAUGUUUGUUGGUAUACGCAGCAGUUGCCAUUUUGCUGCCUCAGCCGGUAGUCGGCGAUGAUGGUGAUACUUUCUUUCCAAUCAAUGGCUUAGAAACCACAACUCCGGAAUUCGAUUAUGCCAGUCGUGGUCAAAAGAAGUUCGGAGAUAAAUGCGAAAAUACUUUAGAAUGUGGUUUCCCUGGCUCCAUCUGUGAUCCAAAGAAAAAAUCAUGUCAGUGUACAGAGGAUUUGCCGGUAACUAAUCACAUUGAUAAAUGUGGUAAAGAGGCCGCGGUAAAUGAAACCUGUUUCUUUAAUGAACAAUGUGAAGUGAAAUACUUCCAAACAGAAUGUCGAGAUCAACGGUGUGUAUGUCGUUUUGACAUGACACCCGUUUGGUUGAAAGAUGGCUCUGUUGAGUGCAAAGGACGUGGCGAUAAAAAAGGACCCGAAACGUAUAUAGAUCCAGCAAUGAUUGGCGUCCUGAUUGGUAUGGCAUUAAUGUUUAUCAUUAUAUGUGUGGUUUUAAGAUUGUUUAGUCAGGCACGUUGGCGCGAAAAUCGAACUAUCUUCAAUACACCAAAUCCACGGUUGAUGAAUGUGUCACUUUUGCGCGAGAGUAAACUAUUGCAUGGACAGGAACGGCGAGGAUCUCGAAUGUCAGUAAGAGCACCAUCUCGUCAACCAAGUAUGGCAUCUUUGCGUCCGCAUUCCCCUAAUCCGUCGUUAGGCUCACGCUCGAAUUCACAUGGUAGUAAUGCAUCCGCCACCUCAUUAAGAUCAACGCGUAGUAAUUCUGUUUCUCCAGCAGGUAUCGUAGUGAAUAACUCCCAUCAUGAGAGGAAAGGUUCAACAUACCAGCCACAUCAACAUCAGCAUCCCUCACAACAGAAAAACCAACAGCAACAACAACUGCAGCCAAUACAGCAACAAGAACAACAGCCAUUAACACAAACGAAUAUUAUAUCGAAUCCUGUCGCUGAAACUGUAACUGUUGAAAUUAUUGAACCAGAAAAAUAAAUCACAAAUUAAUAAUAAUGAAUGAUUAAUUAAAAAGAGGACCUACAAUUAAACGCUUUAAACAGAAGCGAAAUCGAAUAAAGAACAACACAUAAAUAUAUUAUACAUAUGUAUAUAUGUAUGUAUUCAGCAGCAACAAAAAGGUAAUUUUACAAAAAUUUAAAAAAAUAAAAUAAAAGGAAUAUGCUUUAAAUACAACAAACAAUAUUUAAUAAAUAAUUUUUUAAUACAAACAUAAAAAUAAAAAAAAUUAUAAUAAUAAUAACAAUAACAAUUAAAUGAAAUAAAUUAAAUAAAAAACAAAUAUGUAUGCACACUUUUUAAUUGAACAACAAAACCAAAAAUUUAAUUAUGAGCAUUAAAAAGUUCAGCUACAUAUGAACAGAAAGCAGAAAAAUAAAAAAAAAUAUUUUUUAAAUUUUAAUUCAAAACUUUUUAAAUACAAUUUUAAAAUAAUGCCUUUAAUACACCAAAAAUACAAAACGCUAGUUUAUUAUUAUAAAAAAAAUAUAAAAAACCUUGCAUAACAAAUUCAUUAAAACAAAAAAAAAAUAAUAUAAUAAACAAACUAUCACAAGUUACUUUUCUUAAAAAACAUAUUUUUAAUAAAAAAAAACAAACUCAUAUAUUUUCCUAAACGAACUCAAAAAUUCCAAAAAUUUACACAUUAAAUUAUUUUUAAUUAAAUGAUACAAAUUUAAAAUCGAUUCGAACUUUAUUUAACGAAAGAUAGAUAUAAAAAUAUAUAUUUUAAAAUAACAGGCCGAAAAUGGUCUUCGACUUAGAAAGAAAUUAUUUAAAUAAUGCACGCAUUUUCAUCUAGAAUUAAAAUAAACAAAAAUUACUAAGAGUAUCUUCGAUUAUUGCGCAAUGACAGCAAUGACAUAAAAUAUUAUAAUAACAAUUAAAUUAAAAAUAUAAAACAAUAAGGAUAUAAGAAAUUACUAAAUAGAAAAAAGCCUAGAAUCAUUAGUUUAUUGAAUUAUAAUUAAACAGGAAAUCGUUAAAACAAAAUACUUAGUACGCUUAUGGAAUAUGUAUGUAGUAUGUAUAUCUACAUACAUACAUUGAUCAUAAACAUAAAUAAAUAACCUAAAUAAUAAAUUAUAUAUUAAAAACUCAUUCAUGCAUACAUCUACAUAUAUUCUUCGAACAAUCAUACAUUUACAUUCGUAUCAUUCAAAAACUUAAAUCUAUAUUUUUAUUUGUUACUUUAUUCUUCGUACACGUACAUUACAAAAUGGUACAUAAUAAAAAAAAAAAAAAAAGAAAAAAAA